AUAUGCAUGAGACUUCAGAAUAUUAGCGUUAUAUUAAUUUAUGUAAAUUGGAAUCAGAGACUUUAGUUUAUUUUUUUAUUUUUAUUCUAAGCACAAAAUAUCUAAAGUUAUACAUAAUCUUCAUAAAAUAUAUUUACAUAUUUAAGAGAACAACCACCUAAUUGCAAAUAAGAAAUUAAUCAAAAUUUUAAUAUAUUUAGAAUAAAAAUAUUAUAGUUGUAUUCGGAGAUGCAAUCCAAAUUACGCAAAUGAUAACUAAAUUGACUGUAAAAACAACAAAAACCGAUUAAAUAUAACAUAUAUAAAAUCAUAUGUAUUAUUAAAGUAAUAUAAUAUUAUAAAUAUAAAUGAUGCAUACAAAUUAUAAAUUAAUUAAAAAUUAAAAAUAAAUAACAAUCAAUUAUUAUAGUAUAUUUACUUCAAAAACAUUUAUACCCGUGCAUGAGCACGGGAAAAUCACCUAGUAUGCAUUAAUGUCGGAUUUAAAGUUGCAUAUGUGUAUUCUAGUGAUGCAUUUCUUUUUUGUUUUGGUUCGGGAAUAAUGCUAGCAAACCAAAACCAAAACCAAAAUUUAAAUUUUACUAAAGUGAACAAGUAUUUACGACGUCAAAAUUAUGUUCAGACCACUUUAGAAUGAGAUGAGCACCCAUCAACCAUACACAGUGUCGGUCCUGACAAUAUAUGGGCCACAAGCUAAAAAAAUGUUGGGCUUAUUAAAUUUAUAAAAUUAAAAAAAAAACAAGGGAAUAAAGUAAAAGUGGGGAGGAGGCUUUGAACCUUGUACCUCUUCCGUAUUAGAGAGGAUCCAGAACCAAACUUGCUGAAGGAUUACAUGACAAUAAUGUGGCCGAAAUGUUAGUUAUAAUAUUGAGGCCGGAAGCACCUGCUUGGUCUGCUUCCCCUCCGGGCCGGCUCUGACCAUACACAUAUAUGUACGUAGGCUGGUCUGAAACGAGCUGCAAGCUUAGUUUCAGGUUUGAGUGAAUAGGUCUUUAUCUAACCAAUGCCAGAACUUUAGUGUUUUCUUAGUACAUUGCCUUUCUACUCGAGUUGAACCAUACUAAUCAUGUUCUUAGUUUUCUUCCAUGCUUUUAUUGGUCAACAACCAACCACAACGAAUCGAAUUGUUCAACUUCGUAACAUCUCCUAUUCUCCUUUAUAGCUUUGAUUUAUUGAUUAUGUUGAUGGAGUUUUAUGGUCUUAUAAGGAUUAGAGAUUUGCUUACCUCUAUCUCAUUCUUUUUAGCAACAAAAAACUCAUACACGUUAUUUUCUCUUGGUUUUUCUGACUAGCAUUCCUCUUACAGGGUUUUCAUUUGUCAUUCUCUUGGUAUCAAUUGUUAUAUAUUAAUUUUAUGUUUUGUAUCAUCAUCUGUUAAGAUUAUAGUAAUUGAUAUUAGCUUUUCCAUAUUGUAGAAAUAGUGAUUUUUAUAACUUUCCUCUGGUAGUGGAGUGGAAGGUUGUAGAUUAUAUUGUUGUAUGCUGUAAAAAAGUGUUGUUGGAUGGUAUGAUCUUUAUGUCGCCGGUUCGAUUCCGAAUUUUGUUUUCCAUAUAUUGACUUUUUCUUUACAAAAAAAUCAAUAUAAUUGCAUGAAUACAAAGUAUCUUGUCUAUGUCAAACCCACGACAUGAAAGACUCAAUUUAUGCAUGUCAAUUACACUAUUCGUUACCUUCAUGACCAUAGCCUCUAAUUUAUCAUGCAACAUCAAUCUAAUAAUUACGAAGGCAAAUUAAACAGUCACAUACUUUAUCUACGUAGAACUCUGAUCAUUAAUUUUUAUUGAAAGUUUUUUUGAUAAACCUUAACACUAAAUACUUUUGAGAACUUAGUUUGUUUCAUAUAAUUAUACCUAGGUUUCAGAACAAUAGUUAGUGUAGUUAUCAUCUAGUGGUAGGCGGAUUUCAAGGAGACCUGAGUUCGUAAUAGCACGAAAAUCCAUGUAGCCAUAUGAUUAUGUGAAUAUGAAACCAUGUUUAACCUUCAUUUGAAUAUUUAAAAAGAUGGCUCACCUGUGUGCUGCACAUCUACUUGAAAAUUAGUUUGGAUCUUUCAAUAGAUCUAAAAUACCACAAGGUUAAUCCAAAAAAAAAAAAAUUUAGUGUAUUUUAUCUGGACAGGAAUAUCUUAUCGACUCAAAAAGUAUAUUGAUACACGUAUGAUAUCUGGAUUAUUAUGUUUAUCAUAUGUUUAAAUAACUUUGCAAUUUUUUUUUGUAAUUAUAUUGAAAUAGUGUAUAUCUUUAACUAUAGAAGAUAUUUUUAUUGUUUAUCUCUUUAACAAAACAAAUAUUUAAUUAUAUAUACUGUUUUUGCCAUUUGGCAAAGUUUCUGAUAAAAACUCAUUUACUUGGUGUUACAAAAUACAAAUUGCAAUUACAACUACAAGAUCUUCUUCUUCUUUUCCGGAUUCGUUUCCAUGCUAUUGUGAUAGUGAAAUGAUAAUUACAUAUGCCAUAAAACAUUACAAUAUUUUUCCAUUUGGCAAAGCUUCCCUUGUUUAAAGAUCCUCUUCUGUUUUACAUAUGCCACAUAUUUUUUUUUUCUUUAUACAUGCAAUAUCAUCCAUGCAUGCAUUGACUAAAUGCAGUCCUGAUUUUUGUUUUAUUCUUUCCAUAAUAACCCUAUAAAGAAGUGGUAAUCUUUUUUCUAAAUGCCCCCUUUUUUUUCUAUUUUCACAAAGUUUUGAUAUAUCCAAAACUCAUUUACAGUUGGCAAGUGCCACAAUUACAAGAUAUCAUAUUUUCUUUUGGUUACUGUUUCAAGAUUAUAAUGUAACACCUGUGGAUAUAAAUAGCAUCAUGCAUGACUAAUUAUACACCAUCAUCCAGACACAAACAAUAUAAUCACCUUUCUCAGUCCACAGAACAUAAGUCCAGUCCUCACAUCCUCUUCCUUGAUCCCAUGGAUUCAGAAACCGUUACCAAUGCAACCCUACCGAAGCACCAAGACGAGACCGAGAGAGAGUUUGAGAAGAAUCAACAACGGUACCAAGACCUAAUCGCCACGUUUCCUCACACCCAAGGCUGGAGACCAAAAGCUCCGCUGAUCGGAUACGGUGGUCACUGGAUAGUGAAGCCUCUCCUUGAACGUUGGCUUCACGCGCGAGACGUCUUCCAAGCACGACCCAUUGACUUCUUCGUUUGUAGCUACCCAAAGUCAGGUACCACUUGGCUCAAAGCUCUAACUUUCGCCAUCGCAAAUCGGUCUGCCUCUGACUCUGACCAAUCCUCAAACCCUCUCAAGAAAUGUAACCCUCACGAGCUUGUUCCUUUCAUUGAGGGCGAACUCUCUUUGUUCCAACAAAAUGAUGCUGUCGAGGACAAAGGGAACACGCUGUUCUCGACUCAUAUCCCGCAUGGGUUAUUACCCGAGUCGAUUUCGAAAGCGGGUUCUAAGAUGGUUUACAUUUGGAGAGACCCAAAGGACACCUUUGUCUCCAUGUGGAACUUCUUCCAGAAGGAAAGGUCAGACAAUGGUCCUCUCAACAGUCUUGAGGAGUCUUUUGAUAUGUUCUGUCGAGGCCAUUCUUUGUACGGUCCUUAUCUAGACCAUGUCAUGUCGUAUUGGAAAGCUUAUCAAGAGAAGCCAGAUCAGGUUUUCUUCCUAAAGUACGAGACCAUCAGAGCUGAUCCUUUGCCCUAUGUGAAGAGAUUGGCUGAGUUUAUGGGUUAUGGAUUCACAGCUGAGGAAGAGGAGAAAGGGGUUGUUGAGGAAGUUGUGAACCUCUGCAGUUUCGAGUCGUUGAAGAAUGUUGAAGCCAACAAAGGAGAGAAAGACAAAGAGGAGAUCAAAGGUAAGGUAAGCGGAGGUGAUGUUCCUUCUAAGUUUUAUCCGAAUAGUGCGUAUUUCAGGAAGGGAAAGGUCGGAGACUGGAGCAACUACCUGACUCCGGAGAUGGCAGCUCGUAUCGAUGGAUUGAUGGAAGAGAAAUUCAAGGGUACUGGUUUUUUUGAAUAUGGUAAUUAGAUUGCCGGCUUGUGUUCUUAGUUUACUUACAACACAAGUUAUCUCAUUUUCUCAGUUUUAUUCUACAAUGUAAUAUGUUAUCAUUUGUGAGAGCAAAUCUUGUUUCUGAUUGUUUUUUUAGAAAUGUAAUGUUUCUAUAUGAAAAUGAUGAUAUAGUUUACAAGUAAUUAAAACGAAAGUGGGUGGAAAAAAAAAUAUAUUAGUGAUGUGUUGAAAAGGAUAAAAAUACAUAUGCAUCAUAGAAAUGUUAUGAGAAUUGUUUUCUUAUAUAAUGAACUACUUUUUUUUAUUUGGUUAUAUAAUGAAUUAUUGUUUUUUUUGCUACACUUAGUGAAUUUUCUUCUUUAACGACCGCCAUCGUUUCUUCAACGAGUUUUUUUUUUUUUUUUGAACAUUAUUUCUUCAACGAGUUAUUGUCUUCUUCGUUUCAGUCAAUAGUCAAUCUCGUUGUGCGUUGUUUUCGUUUUUGGUGUACUCUCUAAAAUUUGUACCGUAAUUAAGCGUAAAAAGAGUUAAAAUACGUUGAUUGUUGACAACUAACAAAUAACGUAUUUUUCAAAAAAAAAAAUUAAAACAAAUAACGUACGUAAAAAA